CUGUCUUUUCCAUACACGAGUUUUAUUUUGAAGGCAGUGUCCGAUGUUGUUCCGGUGUUCUCUGCGUGACUUGACGCAGCCAGGAACUUUAAUGGCUAACUAGGUAGCUAACUAAAGCUAGCAGGUUAAAUCAUUUGUUUACGAGGCUGUAGCUCAACGGAAACUACAUCAACUUAAAAUUGUAAGCUAUAAAUAGUCAAAUCUCACGUUAAAGUGCCUCAGUUAUUUACUUAAAUCUCUCUCUACGUACAUACCAAUACUUUUUAGGCAGUUUACGGCGACGUUGCAACCCGAAACUAACAACUUUGGGACCUACGUGUUGUUGACUUUGGUCUGUUUCUCACAGGAGCUGAGCUAAACUAGCUGAACUAGCUCCAACACGCAUGGCGAUGACCGGCCAGAGCUCGUGUUCCUCCAUGAGUAACCACACCAAGGAGCGGGUCACGAUGGCCAAAGUGACCCUGGAGAACUUCUACAGUAAUCUCAUCGCCCAGCACGAGGAGAGAGAGAUGAGGCAGCAGAAGCUGGAGAAGGUGAUGGAUCAGGAGGGCCUGGCUGAUGAAGAGAAACGAAUGCGGCGUUCUCAGCAUGCGAGGAAAGAGACGGAGUUUCUGCGUCUGAAACGCACACGCCUGGGUCUUGAGGACUUCGAGUCCCUGAAGGUGAUUGGCCGAGGAGCCUUUGGAGAGGUUCGUCUGGUGCAGAAGAAAGACACCGGUCACGUCUACGCCAUGAAGAUCCUCCGCAAAGCCGACAUGCUGGAGAAAGAACAGGUGGGUCAUAUCCGAGCUGAGCGGGACAUCCUGGUAGAGGCAGACAGCCUGUGGGUGGUCAAGAUGUUCUACAGCUUCCAAGAUAAGAUGAACCUCUACCUCAUCAUGGAGUUCCUGCCUGGAGGAGACAUGAUGACUCUGCUGAUGAAGAA